CGGCGGCGGCCCUCGAUGGCGGAGCGCGGCGGCCCCGGGGGCGGCGGCCCCCAGCGCGGCCCGGGCCCCGGCUCGGCCCCCGGCCCGCCCGCCGCGCAGCCCCCGCCCGGCCCGGCCCCCGGCCCGCCCGCCGCGCCCCCCGCCACCCCCGCCGGGCCCGGCUCGGGCUCGGGCUCGGGGCCGGGGUCCGGGUCGGGGCCGGGCACGCCGGGCGGCCGCCCCGUGCACAUGAACCUGUACGCGACGUGGGAGGUGGAUCGCAGCUCGCCCAGCUGCGUGCCCAGGUUGUUCAGCUUGACGCUAAAGAAGCUGGUGAUGCUGAAGGAGAUGGACAAGGACCUCAGCUCUGUUGUCAUCGCUGUCAAGCUACAGGGCUCGAAGCGGAUCCUGCGCUCCAAUGAAAUUGUGCUGCCAGUCAGCGGCCUGGUGGAGACGGACCUGCAGCUCACCUUCUCCCUGCAGUACCCGCACUUCCUGAAGCGGGAUGCCAACAAGCUGCAGAUCAUGCUGCAGCGCCGCAAGCGCUACAAGAACCGGACCAUCCUGGGCUACAAGACGCUGGCUGUGGGGCUUAUCAACAUGGCUGAGGUGAUGCAGCACCCCAGCGAGGGGGCACUGGUGCUGGGGCUGCACAGCAGUGUGAAGGACGUGUCGGUGACGGUGGCCGAGAUCAAGAUCUACUCACUGUCCAGCCAGCCCAUUGACCACGAGGGCCUCAAGAAGCUCUCAGACCGCUCUCCUGACAUCGACAACUACUCAGAGGAGGAGGAGGAGAGCUUCUCGUCAGAGCAGGAGGGCAGCGACGACCCUCUCCAUGGCCAGGACUUGUUCUACGAGGACGAGGAGCUGAGGAAGAUGAAGAAGACGCGGAGGAAGCUGACCUCGGCCUCGGCCAUCACUCGGCAGCCAAACAUUAAGCAGAAGUUUGUGGCUCUGCUCAAGCGCUUCAAGGUCUCGGAUGAGGUGGGCUUCGGCCUGGAGCACGUGUCACGGGAGCAGAUCCGUGAGGUGGAGGAGGACCUGGAUGAGCUGUACGACAGCCUGGAGAUGUACAACCCCAGUGACAGCGGCCCCGAGCUCGAGGACACUGACAGCGUGCUCAGCACGCCCAAGCCCAAGCUCAAGCCGUUCUUCGAGGGCAUGUCACAGUCCAGCUCCCAGACGGAGAUCGGGAGCCUCAACAGCAAGGGCAGCCUGGGGAGGGAGGCUGGCAGCCCCAUGGAGGUGGGCGACAAGGGGAAGGUGGCACGAGGCCGGACCCCAGACGAGGGCCUGCACGAGCCCGACAUCCCGGAGGUUGGGGAGCCAGACACCUUCGGGGACGGGGGCCCCGCGCUGGCUGUGCCCGAGAAGGUGAAGACGCCCAUGAAGAGCAAAGCCGAGAUGCAAGGUCUGGCCUCGCCCAGGCCAGAGGGAGCAGGGCAGACGCCACGGCAGAGGCGCAGCACCCCCCUGCGCGAACGCCAGCUUUCCAAGCCCCUGAGCGAGAGAACCAACAGCUCCGACAGCGAGCGCUCGCCCGACCUGGGCCACGGCACGCAGGCCCCGCGCAAGGCACUGUACGACCAGCUCAACCAGAUCCUGGUGGCGGAGGCCGGGCUGCCCGAGAGCCUCAUCCUGGUGCACAGCGCCGACUGGCAAGGCCAGUAUGUGGCGGAGCUGCUGCAGGAGCAGAAGAAGCCGCUGGUCUGCACAUGCUCUGGGCUGGAGGUGCAAGCCGUGCUCUCGGCCCUGCUCACCCGCAUCCAGCGCUACUGCAACUGCAACUCCUCGAUGCCGCGCCCGGUGAAGGUGGUGGCCGUGGGGGGGCAGAGCUACCUCAGCGCCAUUCUCCGAUUCUUCGUCAAGCAGCUGGCCAGCAAGACCUCCGACUGGCUGGGAUACAUGCGCUUCCUUAUCGUGCCCCUGGGCUCCCAUCCUGUGGCCAAGUACAUGGGCUCAGUGGACAGCAGGUACAGCGCCAUGUUCCUGGACGCUGCCUGGAGGGAGCUUUUCAGCCGGACUGAGCCCCCAAGCACCGAGCCGUUUGACGUGGUGGGCCGCAUUGGGCAGUAUGUGGCCAGCGCUGCCGUGACACUGCAGCUUCCUGUGGCCGAGGCCAUGCUCACCUGCAAGCACAAGUUCCAAGAUGAGGACUCCUACCAGAAGUUCAUCCCCUUCAUUGGGGUGGUUAAAGUCGGGCUCAUCGAGGACUCACCUGCGGCCCCAGGCGAUGGAGACGAGGUGCCUGCGCUGAGCCUGAUGGUUCCCUCCACGUCACCUCCAUCCGGCUCAGGCCUGGCCAAGGACACUGGGGCCACCCCCCCUUCGUCACCCUCCAUGACCAGCGGCCUGGCCACUGCCGGGUCCCCCGGGGGGGCGCAGGGUGAGGCCAUCGGCCUGCAGGUGGAUUACUGGCUGGCGCCCGGGCGGCGUGAGGCCGGCAACAAGAAUACGCUGAAGAGCGCCUUCCGCUCCGUGCAGGUGUCGCGCCUGCCUGGGCCUGGCGAGGGGGGGCCCGGCUUCGGGCCCACCCCCGCCCCACCCCCUGCCAUGGCCAUGACCGUUGUCACCAAGGAGAAGAACAAGAAAGUGCCCACCAUCUUCCUGAGCAAGAAGCCCAGGGAGAAGGAGAUGGAUUCUAAGAGCCAAGUCAUUGAGGGCAUCAGCCGCCUCAUCUGCUCCGCCAAGCAGCAGCAGACCAUGCUCAAGGUCUCCAUCGACGGCGUGGAGUGGAGCGAUAUCAAGUUCUUCCAGCUGGCACCGCAAUGGCCGACCCACGUCAAGCACUUCCCUGUCGGGCUUUUUGGGCCCAAGCCGGGCUGAGCGCCCGGGGCAGUGGGCAGGGGACAGUGCCCAGGCCCCUAUGGACAGACCCGGACCAACAGAUGGAUGGACAGAGGCAGCAGGCACCCCAGGGGCCAUGGAAGCAGCGCGGGUCAGUCUGGAAGCACAAACAGCCCCUGGCACCAGCCCCCGCCCCCCCCCAAUCAGCGCCACUGGGGCCCAGCCCCCAUCCAUCCUGCCCCAUGUCCCAGCUGCCGGGCACCCCCCUGCUGUGGGCUCCAGGGCUGGGCCCCGGGCAGGAGAAGCAGCACUGCCAGGUGCGCCCAGCCUCACUGCCCUCCGCCCUCACUCACACUGCAGCGUGGCACUGCCCCAGCCGCCCUGGCCCAGGGGAGCCCCAGCCGCCCUGGCCCAAGGGAGCCUGGACGCUUGGGUUCCCCAUGCCCCUCAUGCCAGGGAGGACCAGGGACCCGCUCCCCACUGUGCCAGCCACCCCGCCCUGUACAUAGCUCGUGCUGUGCCCAUCACACCCGCACCUGGCCGCACUCCUGUAUCUCAGCAACGUGUCACCCUGGCAACGGGGACCAUUUUGGAGAGUUGUUCCUUUUUUUUUUUUUUCAUUCAAUAAAAUUGUUGUUUUUCGUA